AUGGGUUUCACACAUUAGCUUAGUCCUACUAGUUAAAUGGCCUCUCCCGGCCUAACCUGACCAAACCAACCAUCAUGGAGGACAUCGGUGCAAGGGGAAGAUGCAAACCGGGUGAAAGCAGAGGCCUGGGCGGUGGACUCUGAUGCACAGAAGGCCAAUAAGUACUCAGAGAUGCACCCCAAAACUACCACGGGACAGUAUGUGCAAGGGUGAACAGACUCACCUUGAAGGACCUGCCAGAACUUCUGAAGGACGAGAGUGUGGAAGCGCACAGAUUUGACUCCGUUCCAUCUUGACUUAAGGGAGCUUCCAGACUCUGAGCUGUGUGGAGAGAAGUCAAGAUCAGCGGGAAGUUUCCUCUCAGUUGCCUGUUGAGAGACCGCAGGUGUACAAACAGCUACCUGACACCUGAGGUGAAGCCAGAGCUAACCAGCUGACAGCCUGCAGACCAGACCCAACAUGUGCAGCACCAGUGUGGGUGACCUGGAAGACAUCCCCCUGGAAGACGAUGACCCAAACAGCAUAGAGUGUAAAAUCCUGGUCUUCUAUGCCAGACACCAUGUUUUCAAGAGCUCCCCAGCCGUUUUCUCACCCAAGCUCUCCAGAACAAGAAGUUUGUCCCAGAAAGCACUGGGGACUUGGUCAACGGAUUCAUGGACACAGGUGCCAUUGUCUUGUAGAAGCUCCCCCUCCAGUGAAAAGCACAUAAGCCUUGGCAAGAAGAAGUCUUCUUGGAGAACGUUCUUCAGAGCAACUGAGGAGGAAGGCCCACCGAACUCGCCAAAGGAGUUCCGAGCUCAGGGUGUUCAGAGCUCCUUUGCAGUCGAGCGUCAGGGCCUAAAGUUUCUGGGUGGCAACCAGCACUGGGCCAGGUCUCUCUCCAGUGUGGAGCAGCGCCUGGAGUGUGAAGCUGUGGACCCCAAAGUUGCUUCUAUUGCUAACCGAGUAGCUGAAAUUGUUUACUCCUGGCCACCACCAGAAGACAGCCACAUCCAGGGAGGCAGCUUCAAGUUCAAAGACAGUGUCCCGGAGCCUCUGUACGUCUGCUUUCAAGGUCCUCAACCUAUAGCUUGUGAUUCUAAGAAAGAUGGAGAGGACCAAGUAAUAAGCAGAAUUGUUGAGCUGCUGAAAUACUCAGGGGAUCAUCUAGGAAGAGAGAUGAAGAAAGACAAGGCUUUGAUGAGCAGCUUCCAGGAAGGGCUGUCCUACUCAACGUUCAAGACCAUCACAGAUCUGUUCCUGAGGGAUAUAGACACCAGAGGAGAAUCGGAAGUCAAAGCUCAGGGCUUUAAGGCUGCCCUUGCAAUAGAUGCCAUGGCCAAGCUCACGGCCAUCGACAACCACCCAAUGAAUAGGAUGCUGGGCUUUGGAACCAAGUAUCUAAAAGAGUACUUCUCCCCCUGGGUCCAACAGAAUGGUGGAUGGGAAAAAAUCCUGGGGAUAUCACAUGAAGAAGUAGACUGAAAUAUCCAAAGACCUGUCAUCUGGAAUGUUCCUUGUCCAACGGUGGUCUUGUGCCCACUGCUCUCAGCAUAGGCUUCAGGAGAAAAUUUAAAUGCAUGAAGCAGAUGAAGCCCACAUUUCUAGAACCAUCCUUCCUUUGACUCAAGAGGCAUGGGGAGAGGCCUUGCUCUUCCAGCUCUUAGGACUCAGUAGCAUGGUCUUUGCACUGAGGUUAUUUGAGCUGAGUGUAUGAGGGAGUCGGGAAAGAUCCGUGGUCAUCUUACCUUUACGUGUUCAGAACGGAAACCAUCCCGUUAGUUACACUAGAGGAAGUGUUCAGCAGGUGUCUGUUGCUCUCAUGGAGGUGAAACAAUAAACUCUGCACGUGCUUA